CGAGAGGGGAAACCAUUACAAACGUUUUCGAUGCAUGAAAGCGUUUCCGUGCACGUCCUAUUUGUAAACCUCUUCACUAGGGCGAUUUUGCGCGCUCCCGUGGACUCGCCAUAGAAAACAAAGCUGAACGUCUUCCAUAACAGCUAGGGGUGCAGACUUGAGGAAUACCCGAAUUUAGUCUGCAUACAGCGAGCUGAAUAUGGAUUUACUGUGGGUGUAGCAUCGUUGGAGACCGAGCCUUCUUGGCUGGGGUGACUGCAGGACAUUAGCGAAACCACCGAAAAUAACAGCUGUCUUUUUUUCUCGGGGUGCUUUGUCUUGUCCACCUAACGAUAGCAAACCAUCACUCGUUUCAAUCGCAAGAUAUUCAGCUAGUUCUUACUAGCUGCUGCCGGGAUGUAUCAUCAUGUUGUCCCCGAAAAGUAACUGCUAAGAAGUCGGAUUGUGAAAGAAACGCAAGAAAACAUCUCCCGGGUCCCAACGGGUUGUCACCGGGACCUGAAUCUGUGUUAGCCACAGUCGCGGAACCCACUGUUUUUGGCGAUAUGGCGGAGCAAGGCUACUCAUCCUGGGCGUACUCCCUAGUUGACUCCAGUCAGGUGUCCACCUUCCUCAUUUCCAUUCUGCUCAUCGUCUAUGGCAGCUUCAGGUCAUUAAACAUGGAUUGUGAGAACCAGGACAAGGAUAAGGAUGGAAACCCUUCAACAACGGGGUCUUUCAAUAACAACAACACAAACAACAGCAUUCAGACUAUAGACUCCACACAGGCCCUGUUUCUGCCCAUAGGAGCCUCAGUGUCUCUGCUAGUCAUGUUCUUCUUCUUUGACUCUGUACAGGUGGUCUUUACCAUCUGCACUGCAGUUCUUGCAACAAUUGCAUUUGCAUUCCUUUUGUUGCCAAUGUGCCAGUAUCUGACCAGACCCUGCUCCCCACAGAACAAGAUUUCAUUUGGUUGCUGUGGGCGCUUCACUCUGGCUGAGCUCCUGUCUUUCUCGCUCUCUGUUAUGUUGGUGCUCAUCUGGGUGCUGACUGGACACUGGCUUCUCAUGGACGCUUUAGCCAUGGGCUUGUGUGUCGCCAUGAUAGCGUUUGUGCGACUUCCCAGUCUGAAGGUGUCUUGCCUGCUGCUGUCAGGACUGCUCAUUUAUGAUGUUUUCUGGGUGUUUUUCUCAGCGUACAUCUUCAAUAGUAAUGUGAUGGUCAAAGUAGCCACUCAGCCUGCUGAAAAUCCCAUAGAUGUUCUGUCCAGGAAGCUCCAUUUGGGGCCGGGGAUGGGCCGUGACGUACCCCGCCUCUCCUUGCCCGGCAAACUGGUCUUUCCCAGUUCCACAGGAAGUCACUUCUCGAUGCUGGGAAUAGGAGACAUCGUGAUGCCAGGGCUGCUGUUAUGCUUUGUCCUGCGUUAUGAUAACUACAAGAAGCAAGCGACCGGGGAAGUCCCAGGGCCCGGUAACAUGUCUGGACGCAUGCAGCGCGUCUCCUAUUUCCACUGCACUCUCAUCGGAUACUUUGUAGGACUGCUGACUGCCACCGUGGCCUCCAGGAUCCAUCGUGCUGCACAGCCCGCUCUGCUCUACCUGGUGCCCUUCACCCUGCUGCCUCUGCUCACCAUGGCCUACCUGAAGGGGGAUUUGCGGCGCAUGUGGUCCGAGCCGUUUCACGCCAAGUCUAGCAGCUCUCGCUUCCUAGAGGUAUGAUACAACUUGGGACAAGCGACCAGCACGGAGAAGUUUUUUUUUUUUUGUUGUUGUUGUUGUUGUUGUUUUGGGUUUUUUUCUCCCUAAAUUCGAGGGAAGGAGAGAGGGCGCACUCAGUGAGGCCAUGUUGUCAUCACUCGUUCAUGCUUUCCACCAAUCUUCUGAGAAAACCCUCCGAAGGGACACCAGUGUGUGGAUCACAACGCCCUGACACAACUCAUCUUUGGUCCCUAUAUCCUCCCUGUUUCAUCUCUGCUUCCUCUCUGCUGUUUAUUUCCUCUUCACUACAGCACAUCCUGCCCAUGCUGUUUUUGUUCUGCCCCUCCCUGUCUUUGUUUUUUUUUUUUUCCUCCCCACCGCCUUUUUCACACGUGUAUAGUUGGUCUUAUUUGCCACUUCCCUCACAUGGCCUCGUCUCAUUCGUCAGGCCUCUUCUCUCUCUGCGGUUUCCUCCUUUUUCUACGUCUUUAAUUUCCUCUGCAUCUCUCUAUGUCUAUGACUCAGAUGAACUCGAGGGCAAGGCCUCCCCUCCCCCCUUUUUGUGGACUUGCAGUUGUGAGACAUAGCAGGGGUUUAUAUAUAUUUUUUUAGCAUUGUCGUGGUCAUUAUUAUUAAUAUUAUUAUUAUUAUUAUGGAACAACUGAAAAAAAAAAUGGAGAAGAGGUGGAGUAUUGCAGCGACACAGGAGAAUGCCCAUGAGCAGCGACACGGUAAAGGAGAAGAGUCUUCCCCUUCCAUCCGUCUGCCCUCGUUCACCUUCGCUUUCUCCCAUCUGUUCCACCAUCGCUCCAUGAUGGCUUCUCCUCGGCGCUCCUGCUCUCCUCUGACACUCCCUGCGAGCUCCUCCUCUCUGUUCAUCUGCUGUCCUCAUUCCCCACCCUCACAGAUAACUAUGUAUUUUAUUUAGAAAAGUUUUAUUCUUGGCAUAUACAGAAAUGAUGCAUUAUAAAUUGUUGAGCUGCCUCCUCCCCCCAGCGUCGGCAGGGGAGGCGCUUCUAUUUGUAUAUAUGUGUACACAUGUAUUUGCGGUAUCUUGAGUUUGUAUUUGUGUUUGGGAGCAUGUUGAACAGGGUGGGAAACUGACGCCAGCCAACAGCCGAAUUUUUGGUGAAUUUUGGUGAAUUUUGACUGCCAGCUGCGUCGACAAGCGAGCGUCCAUCUAUUGGAGACAGUUUUCUAAAUGUUUGUUGACUUGUCCAAUAGAAUCAACAGAUGGAUUUUGUGUGUGUGUGUGUGUGUGUACGGGUGUGUGGUUUAAAAAACAAAACAAACAAAAAAACAAGAUCAUUUGUUACUGAUCAAUGGCAAAGUUUCCUGUUCUAGUGUUAAAGUGUGUGUGUGUGUGUGUGUGUGUGCGCGUGCGCGCGUGUGUGUGUAAAAGAGCUGAACGAAUGAGUGAAUGGUUGUUUUACAUGGUUUUAAUUUGAAAUCACGAACAUUGAAGUUUUGAAACAGCGAUAAUAGUCAGGUUUGCAUUGAGCUGAUUGUGUUCGAUCAAAACUUGCAUGAACUUUUACACAGAACUCACCAGAGGUCAUUUUUCUUAAGACAGGUGGAAAUGUAAACAGUGUUGUUUUUGUUUGUUUCAAAUAAAUGAAUGUUGAAGUAAAUUGAAGGUAUGCUACGUUACUUUUAUCCUGAAACUACAUGUUUCAGUGAUUUUGCACAUCCCAAAUUUACACAUUUUAUAUAUGGCCUUGAAAACACACUUCUUUCCAGCAUACACAAGUCUUUUUGUGUUUUGGCAAAAAAAAAAAAAGAGAAAGGAAAAACAACAACAAACCACAAAAAGAACAAAUCAAACGACACAUCUGAUCUGAACUCUGUAAAUGUCAGUGUUUGACCUCAGUCAAUGAAAACCUGACUAUUGUGAGGGUUUUAAAUCAAAGCCUGCUGCAGAGGAGGGUCAUUGGAUAUGAAGGCUUACUGAGAUUAAAGUAGCUACAGAUUAAAGGUUUUGUGGAUGGAUUGUGUGUGUGUGUGUGUGUGUGUGUGUGUGUGUGUGUUUGGACCUGUUUGAAUCCAUUGAGCCGAGUCAUGAAUCAGUCACACCAUUCAGAAAUCAGUGAAAUAAUUGAGGUUGAAGCUAACCCACAGGAUGUUUUUACUGUCACCAUUAACUGACGUUUUUUUGUUUUUCUUUUGGUCUUUCCACUGUUUUGUGGUGCUUGUCAGUUAAUAUCUAAUGUAUACUGGAAAGCGUGUGAUUGAAGAUGUCUGGAUGCAUUUUGCUGGCUUUUUGGGUUUGGUUUUUUUUGUUGUUUUCUUUUGUUUUUUUUUACUUUUUUAUGCUACCUGGCCGUGCAUGUUAAGUGUACAGUGUAUCAUUUCUCAGACUGCAUUACACAGGGCUACUGCAGUGCUGAGCUCUGCUGGCCAACACAGAGACAUUGGACCUAUGAGCUCGUGUCAGUGGGUAGGACAAAGGCUGCAGGUCAGAAGGACUUUGAUUGGUCAGCUCUGACUGAAAGUUUUGACCUGAGAACUGUCUGGUUCGGGAUCUCCGGCAGUUCGCUCAUUGCAGUCGUCAAAACUGACAUGGAACUACAAACCCCCCCCUUCACCUCUUCAUGGACAAGGCAGAAAAUAUAUAGAUUUAUAUACACAUAUACAUACGCGCGUGUGUGUAUGUAUAUGUGUAUAUAUGCAUAUAUAAAUAACUAAUGAUGAUCAUGGUGGUUUUUGGGGGUUUUUUGUUGGGUUUUUUUUUUUUGUUUUGUUUUUUUUUAUAGAAAUUUGUUUUCUUUUUAGCCCCUCUGUAUUUUUAGUUUAGUGCUUUAGUUUUUGUUUGUUUUUGGUUUUUUUUCCAUCUCUCUUCCCCUCCAGCAGAGCACACGAGCUCUGUUGGUUGCGUUGAUAUUACGGCUGAAUGGAUUCUGUAUAGAAAAUGGUGAAUAAAAUAAAUUAAGAACUGUGUAGUGAAACAUGAAUCCUGAAGCGCUUGAUCUAAAAAACACUUUGUCUCCUUUUAACCCCUUUUCCCCGCCCCCUUGGCUCCUGUCCCCCCUCAUUCAGGAUUCUGCUGUAAAUAAACAUGACUCUAACUGUAA